CUGGAAUCACAUUUUCCACGAGUACGUGAUGCCUGCACUACUCGCUCUCGGACUCUCCCGGGCCAGGGCUGCAAUACAUAUAUCUCUCAACCCGCCAUUCGCAAAUUGCCACUCUCCCUCGACGGCCUCACGCUUGUAGUGGAUGCUUUCGCAACAUCUGAUAUCUAUGACGACAUCUCGUUUGUCGCUAUGCUCGUCACUGGGUUCAAGACUCUUCAGCGCUUGGGCGAAUUGGUUUGGCCUGACACGCUCAAAAUUCAGUCUUAUCGCAAGGUAGUCGUGUACUUUACCUUUACUUUAUCAAUUGCUUUUGGCAGAGCAUGA